AGACAAGCGAAUAGAAGUAUCUAUAUAUACACUCUCCCACUCUAACUCUCCCACAUCAAGCCGUCCGCCUCUAUCUGAUCCCAAACAGAAACAAAAGAUAAGGAUCUCCCCUUAGAUCCCUCAUCCCAGACGCAGACGUCGCCGGCUGCAAGCCCCUCUAUCUCCGAUCUUCAGUUUGAGAUUCCAAGCAUGUCCACCGAGCAGAACUUGUUUCUUACCAGCGUCUAUCAAAGUAAAAAUACACCCGUUAACUUUGUAGUCCCAAGGAACGAGCGUGUAAUCAGAAUAGUGCACUUCAAGAUGACCGCAACACGCUGGGGUGAUGAUGAUGAUUAUGACUAUAAUGAUAUAUGCACUCUAGCAGAUUAUCAAGUUGUUGUCGAGGUCCCUGAAUUCCUGCUUUUAUCUAGAAGGCACAGACAUGUAGCGUUUUUGGUUGGAGUUCUUACCAGAAUGAAGGUCCCGAUAGUUGAGCAACCCUCUAUCAUUGAUAAAGUAUUUAUUGAGGUUGAACGAGCUGACAACCCCCAGCUUGCUAUUGCUUGCUUCAUAAAGGAUAUCACCAUAUUCCCUCGAAUGGUCAACAUAGCUUAUCGGUCAGAGUGUUUCGAAGGAGUGAGAAUUGAUAGUUUGGAAGAUACUGAUAGACGAAAACAGUGUGUUAUUUGUAGAGAGAGCCUUGAUCACGUUGAGGAUAUAGAAGAAGGGAUUGAUCGUAGUCAGUUGGUUCGCUUGCCGUGUUCCCAUCUUUAUCACGGUGAUUGCCUUUCCAAAUGGUUGCCCAUGAGUGCGUUGUGUCCUUUGUGCCGAUACGCAUUGCCGGUUGAACAGACGAUGCCGUUUGUGGAACAAACGAUGCCGGUUGUGGAACAGAUAAUGCCGGUUGUGGAACAAGCGAUGCCGGUUGUGGAACAGACAGCUGAGCCAGUGUGGCCGCAGUUGCAUUGGCCUAUGCUGCUCACAGCAUCUGCAGGUGGUAUACUAACCGCCAUACUGGUAUGUAGAUUAUGGAAGAAAACCCAAGUGUAAAAUUAUUAGCAGAUUUUGACAAUUUCAUCAAAAUCAGAUAAGCAUGGAAUAACUUAUUGUUUGUUGCUCCCUUCUAUUUGGCUUGUCAUGUGGAUUGCUUGAAGUGGUUAUGAAUAACAAUAAUAAAAUCUUUUUAUAUAUAGUGCAAUGGGCU